GCUGUCAAUUAUUAAUGCCAUAAACAGCUGUUAGUACUUGGUCAAUGUAGAUUGGUAAAUAAUACACAAAGAAUAUAAAAUAACAGUCACAAUGAAUGAAGAAAUAGAUGAGUAUGAAAUUUAUCAUCAAGAUUUUACAACAGCAUCAGAGUGGGAAGUAUUAAUUGCACGUUUGGAAGAAGUUAUCGUUGAAUGGCAUUUGUCUAAAUCCAAAAUAACCAAAAAGUGUUCAGAGUUUACAAAGAAAUGGACUGUUAAAACGGAGGAAAUUAAGUUUCGUUCUUUAAAUUUUACACUUUCUUACUGUUAUCAAGAACCAGUUAAAAUACUGGACUCUGAUAUGAAUUCAGAUGAACAGUCAUUAUUGACAGAUUUGCAUGACAGUCUUUGGAAUUCCACCACAAACUUUAUGGCAGAUACUGAAUGCACGCCGUAUCCAGUAUCUAAUUGGUUUGGUUUGAAAAGAUAUCUGAUGCUGUGUCCUAAAACCCCUCUAACUGAUGGAAGUAUCAUUAAACUUGUAAUGAGUUCCGUUAAUAUAGCCUUUGCAAAUGUUGAUUGUGGUGUGCCCUUCUUUGUUAAGAUACGAGAACAUUGGCAGCAAACUUUUUUAGGUAUUUAUGAAGAUAAUGAUUAUAAAAUUAGUUUUGAUAUGAUACAUUUGAAAAGAAUAUCAAAUCAGUGUUCUCAUCUGAGCGGGCUUGUAAGUUUAUUCAAGUCUAAAAUAUCAUCACCAGUGCCUCUUGAUACUGUUGUUAUAUCCACAAAGUUUUCUUAUGAAUUGAAAGACUCUGAAGCCUUUGCUUGGAGGAAAAGAACCCAAUCAAAUGAGUUUUUAUCAAUUGAUGGAUUUGAUGUUAGAAAAUUGACUGAACUGCCAUUUGGUUCGGAAAAGAAUCCUCUACACAGUGCUCUACUUAAUGCAAUAUGGCCACAUUUCAGGGAAAGUGCUAUUGUUGAUUCAUCUACAUUUUCUGAUAUUGAUCCCUUAAUGGCACCCACAUGGACUAUUACUCUGAAACUUAGAAAUAACAUAAACUGUCAAUUAUCAGAUAUUAUAGGAAAAGUGAUGGAUUUAUUAGACAAUAAUACUCUAAUAAUGGAUAUUCUGGGUUUGAGUAGGAGCCUGGGCUUGGUGAAUCCAUUGAACAGGAUAACCAAGGCACCUAUUACUAUUUCUAAAUUGGUGAAAGCAGCAGUGGGGCGUAAUAGUCACAUCUCUGAGUUUAAAGGCCCAAUAACUGAUGACCUUUUGAUGCCUUUGCUGUAUUACGUGUUCCCUGAUGCAGUGGAAGACAAUACAUUCCCAUAUUCUAAAGGAUUGGAUAUAGAAACCAGAAGGGAUAGUACCGAUUCAAAACUAUGCAGCUAUGUUAAAACGAGUCCUGAAGAUGGUUUGGUUUGGCGGCUGUCAGUUACCUCAGCUCGUUUAAUGGAGGCCGGUGGACUGCCUUACGUUGCACAUUUCUGGUAUGAGUUCACCCAAGAGCUGCAGUAUCGUUGGGAGCAUAGAAUUUUAUUAUCAGGGGUUAUAGAUGGGGCGCCAAACGCCAGAACGUGUCUCUUGCAUCAAAAGCUACAAUUGUUAAAUUGUUGCAUCAAAAGAGCUCAAGAAGGUGACGUCAAUGCCAACGGUAAUUCUUCUGAAGAGGAAUUCUUCGACUGCUCAGAGGGUGAAGGUGCAGAAGAUCAGUUACCAUGGGACAGGCCCGUGGGACGUCUUAAUCGUCUCGAAAAUGCUACACUCAAAAGUGGCGUCCCUCUCUAUGUUCCUCGCACACAGGAUCCAGCUCCAAAAACUGAGGAUCAGUUAGAAGAAGACGCUGAAUUGAUGGUAAGAAUGGGAGAUAAUGCUAAAGCUUCUGAACUCCGUGCGAAAAUGAUGAGCGCUUCCCUCCUCUCUGACAUGGAAGCAUUUAAGGCUGCCAACCCCGGGGCAGAACUGUGUGAUUUCGUACGUUGGUACUCCCCCCGAGACUGGAAACCUGAUGAUGGCGGCUCGCUAGGGGAUCGUAUGUUGUUACCUGGAAAUCCUUGGGUAGAGGCUUGGACGGUUGCUCGCCCGGUACCGGCAGCCCGACAGCGACGACUUUUUGAUGAGGCUCGCGAAGCAGAGCAAGUGUUACAUUUCCUUAAGUCACGGACUGUUGGAGGCGUGGCUGAACUGUUGCUACCGGCUUUAUUAAGAGCAGGUGCUAAUAAAGCGAUUUCAGAAGGAGCCCCAGCGACUAGUUCGAGUAUCGGCGGGGUGGACAAAAGACGAACUUUUGAAAUUGCCGCCAGAGAGUUAUAUGAAGCUGAGAAAGAAGCGUGUAGGGCUAUCUGUGUGCGUAAAGUUUUAGGCAAUAGUGCGGAGGGACAACCGUUAGAUGUGGCGGGGAGGUCCAGGGUAUUGAACGCUAUGGGCGCUGGACUGCCAGCACCCACACGCAGGGAGUUCACAUUGAGAGUAAAAGAUGAUGUUGGUCCUCAAAUAAUGCGCGCAGCCCUCGGUAGUGACAUGACCAUCAUUGGAGCGUUUACGGAACGAAUAGUUUGUUUGUAGUAUUUAAGUGUUAAUUAUUACAAUUUUAUUCAAAAAGAAGCGAAAUUGUUACGUAACUAUUUGUCAAUUUUAUAUUGUUUCUAGUAAUUUGAUAUUGUUCUAAAGUAAUAUUUUUUAAUCUGGCCUUUUUCCAUUAUCUAAAGGUCUCUCAUGCUUGUACUAAAUAUACAGAUUUCAUUAUUAGGACAAUGGAGGUUUUGUUUACUAGAGAAGUUUUGUACAUGGUUUAGUCUUCAAGAUAUCAUGAAAAUUGACUGAAUCGUUGAGAUAUUUCAAUAGUAAGGCAAUACUUGAUAACGUCUACAAGAUAGAUUUGCUAGUUUCAAAUGAAAAAAUUAUAGGCCUUAAUCAAAUUAAAGUCUUAUUGUUGCGUCAUAACUAAUUAUUGUAUAAGUGACAUAUGCAAAAACAUUUAAUAUUAAUAUUGUUUGAAUUAAUUUAAUUUUUAGCUUUAAAAAAAUAUGUAAUACGCCAUAGGAUUAUGUGGGACGAAGUGUUGUUGAUGAUAUGUAAAUUUUAUACAGAAUAGUCAAAUAAACUAUCAUUACAG